AUGCGCGCGCGGGCGCUGUGGGUCAAGGUGCGGACGGCGGUGCUGUGUAACGUUCUGCUUGGGAAAGUGCGGAGCGGGUGGAGGGGCGAGAAAAUAAAUCGGAGCGACGUCGUGCAGAUAAAGUUCGUGGCGGUGAGCGAGUCGAACAUCCGAGAGGAGAUUAAGCGAGUGCAGCACAAGUUCGCGCAGCCAGUGACGUCGAGACGGUUGUUUCACUUGACGCCGAGGCAGCAGAUGUACCUGUUUCUCACGGAGCCGACGAGCUCGAAGUCAGCGAUGAUAUUCGCACUGGUGAUGUUCGCGCUCAUCCUCUUAUCCAUCACCGCUUUCAUCGUGGGCACGUUACCGGAGUUCACGGGCUUGGCGAGUCUGGAUAUCAUCGAGAUGUGCUGUCAGAUUUGCUUCACCUUGGAGUAUGUGGUCAAGGUUGGUUGCGCGCCAAAGAUAUGGCCAACCGUGUCCGACCCCUUGAAUUUGAUCGAUCUCGUCUCCGUUGUUCCUUGGUACGUCGAGCUAGCCUUCUCAGGAUUGAAGUUUGGUUUCGAAGGGGUGGAGGAAACGUCUGGGGCGUCCGGCGCCCGCUUGUUGCGCAUCUUUAGAUUGUUCAGAGUGAUUAAGGUAUUUAGACUCGGUAGUCGGGCGAAAAAGAUUCAAGUUGUCAUCACUGCCGUGCGCGAUAGCGCGGACAUGUUCGUGGUCCUUGGAUUCUUACUCUUAUUGGGUCUGGUCACGUUUAGCACCUUGAUUUACUUCGCAGAGAAGGGACGGUCGGGAGCUGCAAACGCAUUUGAAGCAAACCAACCGAGCGACUUCGACUCGAUUCCGGCAGCCUUUUGGUGGUGCUUAGUCACGCUUAUGACGGUUGGUUACGGUGACGCCGUGCCUGAGACUGUGUGGGGUAAAAUCGUGGCGAGCCUUACCAUGCUCGGUUCCGUCGUAAUCACGGCGCUUCCUAUUUCGGUUAUCGGGGCAAACUUCACACAGCAGUGGCUGCAGUAUAAAGCGAAGGAGUCGCGAAAACGCCUCAGGACGAGCUUGAGCAAUAAUUCGAGCCAGAUUCUCGAAGAAAUGUACACUUAUUCUCAAGUCAUCGCCUCGCUGACCGAACACAUCAGUAGUCUGCAGUCGCACAUCCUGACCGAAGUUAACGCCGUGCGCGGUUUGUUAGCCGCCGUUCUUCGCCUGGCGGGCAGCGAAGCUCCGUAUGACGAGAUCAUGAUCGCAUGCCGUACCGUCGACAUACGCUUCGGGAAAAUAGAGACUUUGCGAGAGGAGUUACAGGACAUGGUGGAUAUGUACGAUCUCGUUUCUCACACCGAGUUUUCAGUCACGCUGCAGCGGCUCAAAGCUAUUGGGAACAAGAUGCGCAAGGUUCGGGAUAUGGGAUCCGCGCUCGAUGAUGAUGUCGAGACGUUGGUGGAAGCUACGUCGCGUUUACGCCAGGAUCUAUCUGAACUGCGUGAAAUUGUCGACGAGUGCGAUAGAGAGGAGCAACAGACUGCGAAAAAGUCGACUGCGAAAAAUCAGCAAGCUACCGCUAUGUCCUCGCUGUUGCACAUCUCGCGAUGGAAAAGAAAUGCGAAGGCGUCCGGGCAAGAUAAGAAGAAGGAGGGGGGUGUACCUACUUGA